AUGAAAUCCACCCUCUCCCUCCUCUCCCUCUCCCUCUCAACCCUCCCCCUCGCCCACGCAGGAACCACCCUCUGGAGCGGCCUCUUCAACGAGACAUUCACCGUGGAGAACUUCGAUAAAUGGUCCUGGUCCUCCCAAAUCCCACCAUACCAAUGGUACAUCCACGGCACCGAAUCAACAAGCCACUACCUCUCCCUCAGCGACACCUUCAAAAACCCAAACAGCACACUCGUCGGCGAUGAACAGGGUCUCAAGACUACGCUCGAUAAUACCUCCUCCUGGAACGGGCAGAGUAUGAUGCGCACGGAACUCAUCCCGCAGGUUGAGAGUGGCGCUGGGGUUGAUAUUGGGAGUGGGAAAUUGUACUAUCAUUUCUCACUUGCUGUGAACGAGGAGGGCUUUCCGAAUGAGGACAUCGAGCACCAGGUUGCGUUUUUCGAGAGCCACUUCACCGAGCUCAAAUACGGCGGGUCCUCUGACGUCUCCUCAAACCUAACCUGGUACGCCAACAGCGCCGCGCAAUGGGGUACAGAACUUGUUGCGGGCGAGUGGUACAACUUUGCCUACGGGAUUGAUUUUGAUAACGGGGGCGUGGAGCUCUAUGCGAGUACGGGCGCGGAGGAGUUGGAGCUUGUUGUGGAUGCUGUUGAGGCCAGUGCGCAGAGUAAUGGGCAGGAUUGGCAUGUGGGGGUUUUGAGGCUUGAUAAUGGGGUGGAUGGAGGGGAGGAGGCGUGGUACUGGGGAGGGGUUUAUGUUGAGGAGGGGGAUGUUAGUCUGGAGGUUUAG